UCCAAUUACCGCAUAUCCCAUUCCCAAUGAAUCACCCUGUAUWCCAACCCAAGCUAAACUCACUCAGCUAAAACAAAAGUGUAUGAUAUCCAUCCAUCGAAUCUCGGAACUAAACAUUACGAAACGAUUACAUCGGCACGUUGCAUGUUCAAGACCGUCCUCGACCUUGCCAAGGAAGAAAGAAAACGGAUUAACGCCAUCUUCAAUUUCCCAGUUUUUAUGUUAUAAAAGCGAAGAUUAUUAGCACCGAUUUCCUGAGAAUUUGCGGCGCGAGGACACCAUUUCAUAUCAAUCUAAACAACGGCCAAUAUAAAAGCAAUUAACAAUCGGCAAGCAUUUAUCAUUUCCGAUUGGUUCGCUAAUUUGCGGUUUGAUUUAGUGUUGAGUGAAGAUGAUGGUUUAUACUGUUCUCUGCUUCGCCCUUCUUGCGGUAAGUUUAGCUUAGCUGAUUAUUUAGCCCAAAAACAUUGAGCGUGAAUUAUUUGUUUUCUAGGCGCCAUCGAUGGCUUACCGAAGUAAGCUUGGGUUGAAACCUACUCAAGCUGCAACCGAGCCUGAAAACAUCCAGCUUCCGAUUAAAAAUCUUCUUGGUCAUGUUGGAUUGAGGCAGUUAAUUGAGGAAUCAUUCUACAAUGAAACCAGCGCAGUGAAGCUGUGCUUUACAGACCGCCUGUAUAUGAACGAAAGUAGAGGAAGGGUGACUCCGUGGCAUGAAUAUGAGCUGGUCUUCGACUUUCCAGAAGUUGAGGAAAAACCACUCAAUUCCUCCAAAAAAUACCGACAGUAUAACAUUAAAUUAGCAGAAAAUUUGGCUCGCCGGCUCGACUUUGAGAUAAUCGAAGAACGAGCCGACUAUGUGGUAAGCAAAUUUGAAAACAUCACUUGUGGGGUUGGCACCUUCUUGGCCAAAGCGUAUUACGGAUCGCCUGAUGGCGAGAGCAAAAGGAUAAUCUUCAAACUAAGCAAAAAAAUGAACGGGUUCGGAUAUGGAGAGCCGGGUUUUCAUAACAUUGAAUCUGGGAAAACGGCUGCGACGUCUUUAGCCAAUCCUGGGGAUGCUUCAGGUUCACAAACAACUAAGAAGAACGAUCUAAAUUCUAAUCCCACCACUCCAGUUCCACUAGCUAGUAUACUUCAGAUGCCCAAAUCUGAGCGAGUUAUUUCACCCGAUUUAGACUCUACAGAUUCUACGGAAAAUGAAGAAAUUACUGAAGCUAGUACUGCAGCUGUACCAAAAGCUCUACCUACGCUGGAUCCUUGCUCACCAUUUUUGGCUCAGUUCUUCUCAGGCAGCAGCUUUCUACCGGGAAUGUGCAACUUAACAAAAGAUCAGUCGGUGGUCAUGCAAGGGGACAUAGUAGUAAGCAAGAAGUACUUCAACCCGGAAAAUAGAAGUGAAGUUCUCCAGCCCAUGUUUAUCAUACACGAGAACACUGAGAUUGAAUCUUCGCUGAAGGAAAUUCACAGUGACGAAAAGCCAUAGCAGAUGCUUCGGUUCCUUUAAGCUCAAAUUAAAGUGUAUAAUUAGAAUUUAGACAGAUGUUCGCUUGUAUUUGUAAUGAUAGAUUUUAAGGACUCACAUUGUAGGAAUUUUAGAAAUAAUAAUGGAUAAAACCGCAAAAAACCUGGUUUACUUUGCACAUAAAUGAACAUUUAGGUAAGUUAAGAUGGUGUCUAAAG